CACGUUGAAUGUUCGUACACACAUGCUCGCAUACACGGCAAAUGCUGCCUUCAACACCGCACCGACACGUACACAAAGCUGAACAGAUCACAACUGCUUCUUUUCCGACAUACUUUGGCACUUUGACGCGAGAAUCCGGCAUUCUUUUCCGCAGCGCAAGGCCCAUAUCGCCCCUACACUUGCAUGGCCGCCAAGGGCGCGCGUCGUGGGGCAUCACUGAUGUAACCCGUCCUCCCCUUCACGAGCUGCCAACAUGUCCUCAGGAACAGCCAGAGCCUCGGCCAGCCGACCCAACGGCUUCGCCGAGGAGCGAGAGCGGGUACGUGCAGCUGGUGUAAGUGGCAGCGGCAGCGGCAGCGGCAGCUUCAGGAGCGAACAGCGCAGGACUACAGGCCCCGGCACGGCGCCGUCUCCCCAGCCAGACGGGCCGUUUCCCGGCGUGGCGCAUAAGAGGACUGCGUCGGGAAACCCGCGCCCGGCGAGCAGGACGGCGGCGGGGGACGAGCGGCGGUACGAGGAGCGGCGCGUCACGGAGAGGACAUACGAGGCGCGCAUCGAGCGCACGCGCACGACGAGCCCGGAGAAGCAGCAGCGAAGGAGCGGCCCCGCGGAAAAGAGAAUGUCUGAUGCCCGUCGGCCUAAGUCUUCGUCGGAGGCGAGGCCUAGGGAGUCGGCCGUCGCCGAGGCGGCGCCUCAAGCCCCUUGGAACCCAGAAGUUACCCUCCUCCCACACACAACGGCGCCUCUCGCCCCGCGGGUGUCGAUACCGCCCCUCGCAUCCGCAAUGCCGCAAGCACUCCAACCAAAGCCACUGGCCGACAUGUCACUAGAGCUCCAGGAGGCAGCAAUCGUCGAGGAUCUGCUCUUCGUCUUCAUGGGCUUCGAAGGCCAAUACAUUCGAUUCGCCAAGGGCUAUGAUCCGCAUGAGGAGCGCGAUCGCCUCUCCGGCCCGCCUUUCCGUAUCAUGCCGGGGCUCGACCCAAGCUUGCACGACCUGACCAAGUCGAUGCUCAAGAUGGCGACGUACUACUCGGCUCUGGAGGCCUUUGUCGAUGUCCUGAGCAGGAGGGAGUUUGGAGCCGUCAAUCAUGCCCUGUGUGCCUCGGUACGGAAGUUCUUGCACGACUAUCUCAUCAUGAUUGCGCAGCUUGAGACGCAAUUCCUCACCAGUGACACGUUCACGGUUCACAUACUCAACAUCCACACCAUUUCCACGAGCCACUUGAUGCUCCAGCUAUAUUCCCUGGCGCAGGAGCUUCUCAAGAAGAACGCGCUGUUAGACGACGAAAGCGAAGAAGACGACGACAGCGAAGAUGACUAUGACAAGGUGCUUGAAAAGCUGAACGACAAUAAAGACCUACUCCCCGGAAACAUGAGUACUGAAAAAAUAUGCAAGGGCGGCGUGGUUCUAGGGAUCGUGACGAAGAGACUUGAGACCAUGUCUGGAGACCCUGCGGCAAGGGCUCUGCUCACGUCAUUGUUGCGUGACGCGAGCCGCCCGUACAUGAAGAUGCUGAACGAGUGGCUGCAUCAAGGGAGCAUCAACGACCCGCACUCGGAGUUUCUCAUCAAGGAGCAGAAGAGCAUCCGGCGCGAGAGGCUAGAGCAAGACUACACUGACGAGUACUGGGAGAGGCGCUACACCAUACGCGACCGCGACGUCCCGCCGCAACUCGAGGCUGUCAAGGACAAGGUCCUGCUGGCGGGCAAGUACCUCAACGUCGUCCGCGAGUGUGGCGGCGUCGACGUGAGCAAGGUCGUGACCGACGUUCCGACCUCGUUCGACGACAGCAGGUUCUUGGAGAACGUCAACGACGCAUACGCGCAUGCCAACGAGUCGCUGAUGCAGCUCCUUCUGACGACGCACGCUCUGCCCGCGCGCCUGCGGUCCAUGAAACACUACUUCUUUCUCGAUCCCUCCGACUACUUCUCAUACUUCCUCGAGCUGGGUGCCUCGGAGCUGCGCAAGCCGGUCAAGACUGUCAACACGGGCAAGCUGCAGUCCCUGCUGGAUCUCGUCCUGCGCCAGCCCGGCAGCAUUGUGUCCCUGGACCCGUUCAAGGAAGACGUCAAGGUGACGAUGAACGAAAUCACCCUGACCAAGGCACUGCAGCGAGUCGUCAACAUCACUGGCAUCGAGCAGGGCGAGGUGCCCCAGGCGCCCGCCAGCCAGCCCAUGGAGAGCGACAAGAACGCCACCGGCUUCACCUCGCUCGAGCUCGACUACUCCGUCCCCUUCCCAGUCUCCCUCGUCAUCAGCCGCAAGACAGUCUGGCGAUACAAGGCUCUCUUCCGGUACCUGCUCUCCCUGCGACACCUCGAGUCUCAGCUCUCUGCCACCUGGCAAACGCAGACGAGGAGCGUCAGCUGGGCGCACAAGGGAUCCAACCCUGCGCUGGAGAUUUGGAAGCGGCGCGCCUGGACGCUCCGGGCAAGGAUGCUCGUCUUUGUGCAGCAGCUGCUCUAUUUUUGCACCGCCGAGGUCAUCGAGCCCAACUGGACCAAGUUCAUGGCCCGUCUGGAUGCCAAGGACGGCGACGCGGACAAGAAGCCCAUGUCGAGGACCGUCGACGAGCUGAUGCAGGACCACGUCGGGUUUCUGGAUACCUGUCUCAAGGAGUGUAUGCUCACCAACAGCAAGCUCCUCAGGAUCCACUCCAAACUCAUGCAGACGUGCACCGUCUUCGCCGCCUACACAAACUGGCUCACACGCGAGCUCGAAAAGUCGGACCCGGACCUCUCGGGCGCCACCAAGCCCAGCACCAUGACGGCCGACCAGUGGAAGCUCUUCCAGGCCACCAAGGCCGCUCAGCGUGGCGGCGCCGCUGCCGCAUCGCAGCAGCAACAGCAAGACGCCUCCUUCGCCGCCGACGACGCAGAGGCCCGUGUCAACAACCUCUCCGAGAUCAUCCGCAAGUGGGAGGGCAACUUCAGCAGGCACCUCCAGAUCCUCCUCGACGCCCUCAACCACUACGCCGCCACCGAGACCGUUGUCCUGCUGAGCCUGUGCGCGCGCCUCAGCACCGCCAACCAGGGGACCGAGUACGCGGGGCUCAAGCCCGACGACGACGGAUAACCCCCUUUUCCGCGGAACUGCAAAAGCGAGACUUUGGGGGCGUUGCGGUGAGGGCGAAGCAUUAUUUCGUCAGGCAUGGAUUGGUUUCUACGGCGUCUGUGUAGUGGGGAACCGCAUGAUGGGAUGGUUCUAUCAUUCACGGGAUGGAUGACUACGGGCUUCGAGCCGGGACGUGUCUGAGCCAUGGGAGACAUGCACAAUGUUGUCUGCGGCGUGUUGAAACAGGUUGCAUGGCCGCCCGGUGUAAUUAUGAGCGAGGUACGCGGCGUGCAGCAAGGGCGAUAAAACAAGACUUGGUAUUCUCGUGCCUAAUCUGCUGCCCCUGUCAUGUCAUGAAACGUCCAUGUAUCAUCCGUGAUGCCUCC